AUGUCGCCGCCGCCCGCGGGCGCCGUGGCGGCUCCCCUAGCCCUGCUGGAUGCCGCAGGGCAGUUUGCAAAAAGAAAGAAGACUUCGCUAUGGUUCACAGUGUCUCUGCUGGUAGUGUCUACUUUCAUACUGACCAUAGGUCUGGCAGCUACCACAAGAACAGAGAACGUUACCGUGGGAGGCUACUACCCAGGAAUCAUUCUUGGUUUUGGAUCAUUCCUAGGAAUUGUUGGCAUCCACCUGGUGGAGAACAGAAGACAAAUGUUAGUAGCAUCCAUCGUGUUUAUCAGCUUUGGCGUGGUAGCAGCGUUCUGUUGUGCAAUAGUUGAUGGAGUGUUUGCAGCACGGCAUAUAGAACCCAGACCUUUGUAUAACAGAAGGUGCCAGUUUUAUUCAAGUGGAGUAGGAUUCCUAUAUGAUGCCUACCAGACAGAGGUGACAUGUUAUACCUUAAACACCAAGUGUCAGCUGAAAGUAAAGAGUAACACGUGCUACUGCUGUGACCUAUACAACUGUGAGAAUUCAGAACAGUCCUCCAGCUACUAUGAAUUUCUUGGAGUGAGUAGCUGUCAAGAUGUGGUUCACCUGUAUAGGCUGCUGUGGUCCUCCACGGUCCUGAAUAUUAUCGGGUUGUUUCUGGGGAUUAUUACAGCAGCCAUUCUUGGGGCGUUUAAAGACAUGGUACCGCUGUCCCAGAUUGCUUUCAGUGCUGCACCUCCUCCUCAGAUCCUGUACAACCCUGCUCAGCAGAUCCUGACAUAUGCUGGAUUUUGUCCUUCUGCAGCGACUAUUUCUACAUACCCAUCCUUCCCGUUACCUCUUCAGCCUGCCAGCAAUUUUCCAGGAACAUCAUCUACUGACGUUUCUUUAUCAGAAGAAACUCAUCCUCCAUCUCAGUCCAGCUCCAGCUACGGUCUUCCCCCCAAUGCUCCGUCCCUCUAUGCAUCGACUUACUUCCUACCUGGAGAAAAGCCUCCACCGUACGCACCAUAGACCAAAGGAUUCCUUUCAAGUAGUUGGUAGCUCCUCUGGUUUUGAAGCUUUCGAAGCCCUGUGCAGGGCAGGCAGGCACUGGACUGGUCGAGGAUCCCACCACAGUGUGUGUUACAGCCAUGGUGCUUUAACCCUCAGCUCUCUGUGCGCUGAGCAGAACCGGGAAACGUCAGGGCAGGCACGUGGCCGCUGGGGCUACCAGUCACCGCUCACUUUGCC